AUGAGCGCCAACGACACCUAUAACAUGCAGUCGCCCGCUCCCCAGCCUCCGUUGAUGAACAACACGAGAGUGGAUGCCUUAUUCGACGACACCACCCUCUAUGACGGCAAUGAGCACAACGAGGCCAUUGCCAUCAUUGGUCGUGCUCCACGCAGCACCAUCGUAGGCAAUCUCCCUAUCAUCGACACUCCUGUCGCACUAUUCUCGACCAUGUCCCCGCCGAUACCCCCGUCAAACGCGAUUACUACUCACGGUGGACGAUACACUACCUCGAGGCGCGUGCGCGUACCAACACCUCCGAACGCGACGAGUGGGAAUACGUCCACCGAUCACACCGGCUUACACAUCCCGAUCAACAACUUCACACCGCACGCAGCUGCACCUGUUAUGGAUCCCCGCUCCAGCGCCCGUACUAGCAUGCAGCCCAACUCACACCUCGACAGCAUGACCGACACACUAGCACAACUGCUGUCAAUUCGUGGAGGCUCAGAUGUUACGCAUGAGCAACAAGCAACUGCACAGGGCGCGGUGCAGAGAUCCUCAGUCUUUCAGAGCCUAGAUCAUUUCUCACCACCAUCGCUAUUCUCAUCAGACACGGUCACUGGAGAGGAGCACCACCUUUCUGGGACAUCAACAAUAGAAGCACACAACUCCAUGAACAUUGACCCAGCACUGCUCGCCACGCACUGCAACAGCGGCACGCAAGGUACUCAUGGCCUUUCCCCCAGCAGUAUGAACCCUUUCCAGUACCACCACUCCUCUGGUCCUGAAAGUCACUACAUGCAGACCCAGCGGAACAGUUCGGGGGACGCUAUCAUCACCGUAGGCGUACGCGGUCUGCAAGGCAACUUCCAACAAGUCUUCGGAGUACAAGCCACGGCACAGUCACUCGCCGUACUACAGAGCGUGAUCAACACCGAUGGACUGAUGACGCCAGAGGCCGGGACCUUGGACGUUCUAGGUGCACUCACUAACACUCUGCACGACCUACAGCAUCGUAUCGUGCUACCAGACCUUGAUUGGCUACCCGACUCGCCCGGGGAUGUCCUAAAUUCAGACUUCCUCGCCGCCAUUGGUGUGCCACAGGACGAUGUUCGAUGGAUACUUGCGACACUCCCUGCCAGCUCCGGGCAGCCAGAAUUCAAGGGCGAUAGAUCUGAGCUGAACCACCCUAACUUCGCGUUCACAAUCUGCAAGCUACUGAGUGCACUCUACCGGGAAGAUGGUGUUGGCCUGCAGCUUCUGAUCACCACCGACUUUGCUACACAAUUCGGGAACAUGGAGGUGUACGCAGCAUCGGACAACCCGACCGUCACUCUUUGCCUCCACCGCGAGGUCGUGUACGACAUGAACGGGACAUACUCCGAGCAGUGGAGACCAUACCACACACGACCUAGCCAGCUAGCCGAACAGCCUAGGAUGCACUCACAGCAUCAGCACUCAAUGCUACCCUCCGAGCAGAGCAUGGUAAAUUCGACGCAGCGGCAGGCAACUAGCAACUUGCCGGCUCCUGAUGGUAGUCAAGACGUGUCAGGCAUUCCGAUGAGACAGAAUUUGGAUGUACAGCCAGGCACUACAUCUCAGACAAUUCCACCAACACCUGCUUCCAACCAAUCCGGAGUACAGAACACCGUCACGGUGACAACGACCAAGCCGCAAAGCCUUUUGCACGACUCCGCCGUUCCAACACAGGCUCCAGCAGUCGCUUCUGCUUCUUCUUCAACGGCUGCGGCAAGCGCCAGCUCAUUCUGGGCUAUACCAAUACCACCACCAUUGCCGCCCGCUCGCUCACUUGUGGCUGCUCCGACAGCUGUCCCCUCGCGCCCAUCAGCCCGUGCACGGUCCGUCCCUGUUGAUCGACCUUUAGCUCCUCCACCAUUACAAGGCCGAUCGGGUUACUGGGGCUGGCUGAGCAAGGGCAAUCGGUGGCGCUGGCAGUCAACCCCUCUCAAUCACCAUGGUGCCACCAACGUCCGCAAUGUGGAAGCUAGAAUUCUCUAUGCUCACAUCCAACUAGGCUACGGCAACAAUGAGUGUGGGGAGCUUUUCGAUCAGCCCGGCAACUCAUUCUACAACGCUCGCCUCAAGAAAGCAUUGAGAGCACGAGCUAAGGCUUUAGGCAAGAACUUUGAUCCGGUUUCGAAGGAGCACCAGGAGAAGCGCAGAGCGGAGCGAUUACGACGUUUGCGGAGAUCUGGUAGCCCUCCCGCUGGCAUUCGCCCGCUUGCAAUCUACGAGCUGUCUGGCGAGUAUCUCGACAAUACUGAGCUGGCAGCCGAAUCUGCUAAAUACACUCCGGUCGAGGAAGCUGAAGCAGCUGCAGCUUUCCUUGGGUUGAUGUUGGUACCAGGACCGCCCAGCAGCAACACACCUACCCUGACUCCAGGUACCGCAACCCACCCGUCGAAGAUUGUGCAAGGUCACGGUCAUAGUACCAAUCUGCAGACUGGUCUUCAUACUUACACCAUGCCGAUCAUCAACGGCGGCCGCAAUGCCAUCAGCCCAGCGCCAACAAAGUCCCAGGUCAACAACAACGCAGAUGGCAAGCGAAAGCGUGCUGAUACUGACAACGGGUCCACAACCCUUGCACCACCAUUGCGCCGCUCCGCUCACCUCCGCAUGAUGGAGUCGGUAGAAGACAACGACGACGAAGAUCAGGAACAGAAAGGGGACCAGGAAGAGGAGUGA